CAGCCUCCGAAUCCCGCAUGGCCCUCCCUCCCCUCCCGCAGCGGUGCGUGGCUGGGGAUGAGCCGCUGUGAACUACUAAGGUGGGAGGGGGCUACAGGCAGAGAAGAAUGUCAGAUGCUCAGCUCGGUCCCCUCCGCCUGACGCUCCUCUCUGUGUCAGCCAGAACUGGUUUCUGUAAGAAAUAGCAGGAGCUGUGGCAGCGGCGAAAGGAAGCCACUGAGGCGCUUGGAACCGAAAAGUCCCGGUGCUCCUGGCUACCUCGCAACGCGGUGCCCGGCCGGCCGUCAGUACCAUGGACAGCAGCGCUGUCCCCACGAACGCCAGCAAUUGCACUGAUGCCUUGGCGCACUCAAGUUGCUCCCCAGCACCCAGCCCCGGUUCCUGGGUCAACUUGUCCCACUUAGAUGGCAACCUGUCCGACCCAUGCGGUCCGAACCGCACCGACCGGGGCGGGAGAGACAGCCUGUGCCCUCCGACCGGCAGUCCCUCCAUGAUCACGGCCAUCACCAUCAUGGCCCUCUACUCCAUCGUGUGCGUGGUGGGGCUCUUCGGAAACUUCCUGGUCAUGUAUGUGAUUGUCAGAUACACCAAAAUGAAGACUGCCACCAACAUCUACAUUUUCAACCUUGCUCUGGCAGAUGCCUUAGUCACCAGUACCCUCCCCUUCCAGAGUGUGAAUUACCUAAUGGGAACAUGGCCAUUUGGAACCAUCCUUUGCAAGAUCGUGAUCUCCAUAGAUUACUAUAAUAUGUUCACCAGCAUAUUCACCCUCUGCACCAUGAGUGUUGAUCGAUACAUUGCAGUCUGCCACCCUGUCAAGGCCUUAGAUUUCCGUACUCCCCGAAAUGCCAAAAUUAUCAAUGUCUGCAACUGGAUCCUCUCUUCAGCCAUUGGUCUUCCUGUAAUGUUCAUGGCUACAACAAAAUACAGGCAAGGUUCCAUCGAUUGUACACUAACAUUCUCUCACCCAAGCUGGUACUGGGAAAACCUGCUGAAGAUCUGUGUUUUCAUCUUUGCCUUCAUCAUGCCUGUGCUCAUCAUUACCGUGUGCUACGGACUGAUGAUCUUGCGCCUCAAGAGUGUCCGCAUGCUCUCUGGCUCCAAAGAAAAGGACAGGAAUCUUCGAAGGAUCACCAGGAUGGUGCUGGUGGUGGUGGCUGUGUUCAUCAUCUGCUGGACUCCCAUUCACAUUUACGUCAUUAUUAAAGCCUUAGUUACAAUCCCGGAAACUACGUUCCAGACUGUUUCUUGGCACUUCUGCAUUGCUCUAGGUUACACAAACAGCUGCCUCAACCCAGUCCUUUAUGCAUUUCUGGAUGAAAACUUCAAACGAUGCUUCAGAGAGUUCUGUAUCCCAACCUCUUCCAACAUCGAGCAACAAAACUCCACUCGAAUUCGUCAGAACACUAGAGACCACCCCUCCACGGCCAAUACAGUGGAUAGAACUAAUCAUCAGAGAGGGAGAAGACAGAAAUCUGACUGGUAAGAAAUUCUCACUUUUUUUGCCAGCAUGCCAGGCUUCUGGGUUCCCUUUCCCUGAGCAGCCCUAGUGAUCUGGCUUGUGGCACCAUUGCCCUAGAAGCCAAGUCACAUUAUAAAGGAAAUUUUUUUUUUCAUUCUGGCCAGAGCAAAGUACAUGUGAUAAAACAUAGACAUUAGCCAUUCCGCUUAGCACCCAUAUCAAACUAGCAAGCCUUAAAUUUACCCCCAGAUGGGCCCCGUCAUCUUUAAUCCAACCUCUGACUUGGAGUUUCAACACGUGGUCUCUGGGCAAGACAGUUGUCUUGAGUAACAGAAAAGAUAGGAAAGGAAAGGGAGAGAGAGAAAAGCGUUGCCCGUGGCAGGGUGGGGAAGGUGAAAGGAUCAGGAAGGCCAGAGAAAGACCCACCUGUUGCAGUGACACUGUAAAAGUUCAGGCAGCUGCUUCUCAGUAGCAAAAGGAUCUUUACCAGCAUUCCUAUUAGUUCUCAAGUUUCCCCUUUUAGGGAAGAAAAAGCUCCCCAUGUCCCACGGUCCUGUACAUGUCCAACCCUGUCAUCCACAGCCAUCAGCGAAGAGUGCAAGACAGAUUAUUCCCAAGAGAAUAGCAGUUAAUAUCCCAUAGCAUCAAAGCUGUUCUUAGCCGAGAGGGACUUUACUGAGAGGGGUCUCUAAUGCCCUAAAUCUUAGAAGGGACUCUGACCGUCCUAAGUAGGGCCUCUAGCCCCGGUUUAUAAACUUUCAAUUGACUCCCCUCUUAACAGUUGCAAUCAACGGAAGAAUGCUUGAUAACCUCGGUGAUAAGAUGAAAAACCAAGCAUACUAGAAGUGUUCGCUAAAAUUAAAAAUACAGCAAUUACUACAGAAAGAUUUUAGUCCAAAAAUCCAACUAUAGAAACAUAGAAUGUGAGUGGUAGCACAUAAGUCAUGGAGAUUUUAUUUCAUGGACCAACAAUAUGAUGAUAUAAGCCAUCUAACC